AUGGCUCUUGAAAAUGGCUCUUUUGUGACUGAUUUCAUUCUGAUGGGAUUGACAAACCAGCCAGAUCUCCAGCUCCCGCUGUUCUUCCUGUUUUUACUAAUGUAUGUGACCACUGCUCUCGGAAAUUUGGGAUUGGUAACUCUAAUCAGGCUGGACUCACAUCUUCACACUCCCAUGUACUUUUUCCUCUUCAACUUGUCCUUCACUGACCUCUGUUAUGCUUCUGUGUUUACACCCAAAAUGCUCAUGAGCUUCACAUUAGAGAAGAAUAUUAUUUCCUAUAUGGGGUGCAUGACCCAGCUCUAUUUUUACUGUUUUUUUUUUUUUUUUUUUGUUAUUUCUGAGUGCUAUGUGUUGACGGCAAUGGCCUAUGACCGCUAUGUGGCCAUCUGUAAUCCACUUCUGUAUAAUGCUGCCAUGUCCCCCAGAGUGUGUCUCAGCCUUAUGUUUGGCUCCUACCUGAUGGCGUUUUCUGGUGCCAUGGCCCACACGGGAUGCAUGCUGAGGCUGACGUUCUGUGAUGCAAACACCAUCAAUCACUAUUUCUGUGACAUCCUUCCUGUAAUGCAGCUCUCCUGUACCAGCACCUACAUCAAUGAAUUGGAAGUUCUCAUUGUGGUGGGGAUCAACAUCAUUGUGCCCAGUGUUACCAUCUUCAUCUCUUAUGGUUUCAUCCUCCACAGCAUCUUCCACAUCAGCUCCGCUGAGGGCAGGUCCAAGGCCCUCAGCACCUGCAGCUCCCACAUAAUUGCAGUUACUCUGUUCUUUGGGUCUGGUGCAUUCAUGUAUCUGAAGCCGUCCUCCGCUGGAUCUAUGGAUCAGGGGAAAAUCUCUUCUGUCUUUUACACCAACGUGGUUCCCAUGAUGAAUCCCUUAAUCUACAGCUUGAGGAACAAAGAUGUGAAAUUGGCACUGAGGAAAUCCUUGUGCAAAAGAAAGUUUUGGUCAGUAAUUAAUUUCUAUAUGUGUUUAGUUAUAAGACACAAAACUUUUUUUAAAAGUUAUUAA